AUGGAUCGGAUCGGCGCCUCCGUGGCGAAGACGGAUCGUCACCUCACCGGUAUCGAGCAGUGCCUCGGGCAGGUGCGACGGCAUUCGGCGAGGCGCCCCUCGCACACCAGCAGCUCGGUCACACUCGGCAUUCCCCCAGUUGCGCACCGCAGCGAUGAUGCGCAGCAGCACUCAUCAUCGUCCGUGCUGGGCGAUAGCAACAGAAGAAUGACGGCAUCAGCAGCGUCGGUGGCGGUAAAACUUCCGCCAUCGCCGCCCACCGCCAGAAGGGAGAGCAGUAGGCCGCUUGACCCGCGUAUGUGGCAGGGCCGCUCCACAACAUCGUCCGCUCCGCUAGCCCAGGUGCAUCCCUCACAUGCACGAGGGAGGACUGGCGAUGUCAAGGUGCACAGCACGGCAAGGAUGCCUGUCGUCCUGCGUCGUCGAAGGAAGCCCGACAUCAAACACAAGAUGGAUCUUUUGUCUAGCUCAUCCACCUCUUUACUGAGCUCCAGUUCAUCGACGCUUGAAGCUUCCUCUACCUCGUCCAUUCCUUCGCGCUCGCCGUCGCCUAUGCGGGGAAGGCAGUCUGCGGUGGCAUCGACCGUCUCCUCCUCGCUGACCUCGCUGACACUCUUUUCCUUCUCGUCGAUGGAGAACUCUCCGGCUGCCGAGAUUGCGACGCGGUGGCAGCAGUGGCGUCAGGCGGCGUACCACCUCCUCGCAUCGCACUACGAGAAGUGUCACGGUGCCUUGACUUGCGCCGUGGUACGGCGGGGUCGGAGAGGCUUUGCCGGCAGCAAAAGCCGAUGUGGGGCGGUUGCUGAAUCAGUUGAAGAGGAAAGAGAAAAACUCACGACGUCAAGCGAUAGUAGUGACUCAAUAGAGGAAGGAAGCGAGGGGGAACAGCAGUGGGAAGCGUCCCGGGCCGCGGAUAGUGCCAGACACGGGGCGCAGCUCUAUGCCGCCGCGAACGAAGAGACAAAUCGGGAUAUCAUAUCCCACGGAGAAGCCCUGCAGGCCACCGAUGUGGCGAAACUAAUUCAGAGUGAGACCGUCGUUGCUGUGGAGAGGGGGGAAGCACGUGCACGUGGUGAACCCCAGCGACCAAAGGAAGAUAGCAAGGGUCGACGGGAGAUGUGGGGCCAACUAGAGGGGAGGCACCUCACCCAACUGCUCGAGACGGCACACUCCGAAGCCACUGUUGACAUCGGUCGCAACUCAGCGCGCAUGCAACGGGGAUUUGAGCGUCUGUAUGAAGAGGAGGAGGCUCUUCGAGAUGCCGUGGAGCAGAAGGAGGAUGAGCGGCUCACCGACCUGCUGGAGGCAAUGGACCGUGACGCCUGGGCAGCGGCUGAGCGCGAGGCGGCGCGGCUGGCAGGGGAAUUUGCCGCGCGCCCUGUCACAGCGGAGGCGGCGACGGCUCCCCCGACAGUUCCCCCUUUAGCUCCAGCUGCGCUCGCUGAAUGUGCGAGGCAGACGAUGGAUAGAGCGGUCCAAACACCCGAGCACCAACGAAAAGUGCGUGCCACCCAAACAGACGGAGUGUUUUCGGGCACAGCGCACUCCGUUGUGCAGAAGCAGAAUGACGACGAACGUAUGACUGCCUGUGCCGACGGCUCACGCCAUGUGAAUAGCCAGUGGCAGCAACUUUACCUCCAGUCCGAAGGAACGCAGACCGGUGGGGACAUGUCAUGUGAAGCUGUCGGCGUGCAGACGAAUCUCGUAGCAGAAGCAGAAGAUGGGGAAGAGAUGACUGCCGCUUGCAGCAUUGCCUCUCCAAGAUACAGCAGGGGUGCGCAGACACCGGUGGCACGUCAUGUCUCUUCACAGGCGGGUGAUGGCCUGUCCCAAGCACCAUUAGCAGGUGCUGCCGCUGGUGAGGAAGAUGGUUCUACCAUUCGGCUGGUGGACGACAAUACGCGGCCCACUUUGCCAAGCUGUGCUGUGCCAUCACGUUGUGACCUACACAAGAUUGGCCUUGAAGAAGAGGCGGCACGUCACCACACUGCUGGAACUGUAGAAGAGCCCCAGUCCCGUCCGCGCGACUCCUUGGGCCCACCGGGACCAGGUCCGCGGUGUGCAUCGCCUGCCUCUUCCAAGCUAAGCCUCGUCGAUGAAGAGAACGAGGAGGACGCACAGAGCCCACGAGAGGACAAAUGGGCACGUGCAGGAAUUGCCUCUGGUGAGGGAAAGCUCCUGCAGGGGAAACGUCCGCGUGGGCAGCGCGAUGUGGGUGUCUCCGGCGAUGCACACGUCCACCUACGCGACAGCUCGACAAACGACGAUGAGUGGCGUAUGGCCUCACCACAGUGGGGCCUCGAUACGUUUGACAUGGAUUGGAGCAGUGACAGGCCGCUGCAGGGCACCGCUGCCCGUGAUCUUCUGCGUGCAGAGGCGCGGCACCGGCGGCAUGUGGAGCGGCAUGAGCUCCUGGAGCGCAACGAGCGACGGUGGGGAGAGCUGAGCUGUUACCGCGCCCUAGUGUGGCGCCUAUCGUCACCCGCCAUCGCCGUGGAAGAGGCAGCAGCAGCAACAAAGGAAAUGGCGAAGAACAAAGAGGAGGGGGAUGAAGAAGUGGAGGCGUACACUGGAGGCACACUCCCCACUGGUCAUGCUGCUGAGGAAACGCCAAGGUGGAGCGCUGCCGAUGACGCGAUGGGAGACGACAAGGAGAAUGUCGCACCGCGGAUAGAUGAUCCGCCGCCUGUCGCUGAGGCUUUGGGGACAACGCAACGGUCCGCCACUGCGUGGUGCGUCGACAUGACGGACGGCGAGCACGGCACACCGCCGCACCUCCGCGAUCGUCCAUGGGCACCGAUGCUGACGCGACAGGCCUCCUGUAGUAAAUUCGGUACUAACAACAAUGGCAGCAACAUCGGCAGGAGGGCGGGGCCAAGGGCAAUGGAACGAGCUGCCCUGUCACGGCGAGGCCAACACAUGGCGUCCACGUUCGGUGCUGAUGAAAAGACGCUGUUGGUGGACACUCCUUCGUGGCAUGCGUCCAAUAAGGUCCUCCAGCGAACUCCAGAGACUCCGCCGACGAAGAGAAGUCGUGCCGUUCUNCUCCUUCGUGGCAUGCGUCCAAUAAGGUCCUCCAGCGAACUCCAGAGACUCCGCCGACGAAGAGAAGUCGUGCCGUUCUGGGUUACGCCCAGCAGUACGAGCGGCGCCUCAUACGGCGGCAGCAGCAGAGUAUCUCCGGAGUGCCGUCGCCUGAGCCGCUCUACUGCAGAGCAACAACAUCGUUUCUAG